AACUCUUUUUCCCUUCACACACUUGCGCCUAACAAACUUUCUCUGUCCAACAACACAAAACACUUGACCAAGGGGCCUCAGCGUCCGACCGGCCAUGCAUAUCCGCUCGCACCUCCCUCCUUCGACAUCUCAAUAGUAGACUACACCCUACAUGUACACUUGGUGAUGCUGUGCGAGACCCCGCUGGCUUUCGCAAGACGUGCCGGCAUCCCGAAGCCCCUCCGAACCAUCACUCAGCCUCCAUAACUGCGAAUAGCUUAUUACCAAUCGAUCUCGGCACCCUAUUUUAUACCGGCACCCUUUUGAGGCUCUUUUGUUAUUCUCACGAACCCAAUUCCUAUCCUGCGAGGCCUGGAGCCACCAACGAACUUAUCCGAUGUAUUAUCUACGCCGCUUCACCAUCUUCCUCGCCUUCCUGGUGUCGGUGUCGUUCCUCGCAUGGUUCCUACCCCGCUACCUCAAUCCAAACCCGCCAGACCCGGCCAAGCAGCGCGAGGAUAAGAAAUGGGUCAGCAGCAGCCCGUACUGGCUCGACCGUCAGGCCUGCCGUUGGCUGAGUCUCUGCGGCGUUCAUCAUCUCUCAUGGGACCCAGCUUCUCUCUUCCCUUACAAGAACGACUCCGACGCCGGUGAUUUGCGGUUGGAGCUUAGGUCUCUGGAUGGACGCCAUUCUGGAUGGGAGACGGCACCCAAGAAGCGCUCGCCGCGGGACGACAAGGAAGAGAGGAGGAAGGUGUUGAAGGAGAUUCCCGACUAUGUUCUCAAGUAUGCGCCGCUAGUCCACCUCUACUCGGGCGAGAACUUCUGGCCCGCCGACAUUGCGGAACACAUUCGGCACAUGACGCCCUACUUGGAGAAAGAGGCGUUGAACCGUUCCCUGAUUUUAUCGGAUUUGCACAUGCUCAACAAGGAGGACGGCAUGGUCUACCUCACCAGCGAUGACGACGUCGAACAGAGACCCGAAUGGCUGCACAGUCAUGUUGGCAUUCCUGAGCCAUGGAAUGAUGAUGAGGACGACGGCGACAAGGACGAAGCGCCCGACAGCCCAGUUGGGGACUCUGAACACCCGCGACAUGACACUGAGGAUACGACGUGGUUCGACGUAUCUCGCGAUCACCCCGUUCACCGCAUCUCGGACCCUCGUCGCUACCCACAAUUCCCAGAAGGCUCCGCCCGCACCGCCGGCUUCCAGCACCGCCGCCGAGACCAGGGCCAGAAGCCCAUUCCCGACACGCCAACCCACAAGCCCGAUCAGGAAGGCUACUCAAAGGCCCCGGCCGUUCUCGUCCUCGUCGACAAGGGCUCCGGCAUCGUCGACGCUUUCUGGUUCUUCUUUUACUCGUACAACCUCGGUCAGACGGUCCUGACCAUCCGCUUCGGCAACCACGUCGGCGAUUGGGAGCACUGCAUGAUGCGCUUCGAGAAUGGCGUGCCCCGUGGCAUCUUCUUCUCGGAACACGAGGGCGGCCAGGCUUACACGUACAACGCCGUCGAGAAGCGGGGCGAGCGUCCCGUCAUCUACUCCGCCGUCGGCUCUCAUGCCAUGUACGCGCAGGCUGGCGAGCACCCGUACGUGCUGCCCUUCAAGAUGCUCAAGGACGUGACCGACAAGGGACCCCUCUGGGACCCGUCAAAGAAUGCCUACACCUACUGGUACGACUACGUCCAGGAUUUGGACGAGGACCUCGACGACGACCUCGAUGACGAGGUCGACGUGGCUAGCGGCCACCGGAAGGAGAACCCCACCAGUCUGUUCCCCACGGCCGAGAACCCCGACGCCCCGACGUCAUGGUUCCAUUACGCCGGCCCUUGGGGCGAUAAGCUCUACAGCUUGGCCGAUAUGCGCCAGUGGCGCUUGUUCGCGCAGUACCACUACGUCUCCGGGCCGUUGGGCCCAAAGUUCAAGCGCCUCGAUCGUGAGAAGCUUUGCAUUACUACCCGCUGCCGGAUCCUGGAUAGCUUAAAGCCCGGACAGACGUGGUACAGUUAG